UGUUAUGGUUGGCUAAAUGCUCUCACACCCACUUGCCCCAAGGAGGGUUUAAUCCCUUGACGCACACAUCACAGUUUACUGCACAGGACUUUGGCUUCUUUCUCUCUGCAGAAAACUCCAAGCUCUCCAGCAAACAGCAUAGAAACACUCCUCCAACAUGUCCCUUCUCACCCACCUGCUGGCAUGUCUGUUCGGGAUGGGCUCCUGGGUCUCCAUCAACGGCCUGUGGGUGGAGCUGCCCCUCAUUGUCCCUCAGAUCCCAGAGGGUUGGUACCUGCCGUCUUACCUCUCUGUCCUCAUCCAGAUGGCCAACGUUGGGCCUCUCUUCGUCACUCUGAUGCAUCGCUUCUGGCCCGGCGCCCUGAAAGAGACGGCUGUCAUAUAUUUGAUCAUCAGCCUGGGUACUGUGGCGAGCUUCCUGCUGGGUUUCUUCUGGAAGGAGACUGUUGUUGUAGCUGCUGCUCCUCGCAGUGUAGCCCUCCUCGUCUUAACCUUCUUUCUCUCUGUUGUUGACUGCACUUCCUCUGUCACCUUCCUGCCCUUCAUGAUGCGCCUCAAGCCCCAGUAUCUGACCACCUACUACAUCGGGGAGGGUGUGAGCGGCCUGCUGCCUGCUCUAGUGGCUUUGAUACAGGGUGUUGGUGUGGUCCACUGUAUUAACAGUACACAGUCACUUAACCACACCCUGAACAUCUCCAACAGUGUUUUGACCUUUGACCUCCAGGCCCAGUAUCAGCCAGCCAACUUCUCAGCUGAGGUGUUUUUCUUCUUCCUCAGUGCCAUGAUGCUAGUGUGCCUGGUGGCGUUCCUGCUGCUGAACUACCACCCAUCUGUGGCCAGGGAACAUCCCAACGGUCGAUACAACAACAGGGUGAAAGAGGAAUCUCAGAAAAACAGGAAGUGGGCCGAGCAAAAGCCCAUGAUGGAUCCAUAUAGACCCGCAAACCAGAAGCCCAGAAGCAGCUUUGGCACUGGCUCUUACAGCUGGAUGCAGGUGUUUUAUAUCUUUGUGAUCCUGGCCUGGGCGAAUGCACUGACCAAUGUGGUGCUUCCCUCGGUGCAAUCCUACUCAUGCCUGCCGUACGGGAACAACGCCUAUCACUUAUCAGCCACCUUGGCUUCUGUGUCUAACCCUCUCGCCUGCUUCAUCGCCAUGUUCUUCCCUUUAAGAUCUCUGCUGCUGAUGGGAGCUCUCACAGUAGUAGGCAGUGGAGUCGGAGCUUAUAUAAUGAGCAUGGCAGUGCUGAGUCCAUGUCCACUGCUGGUUUAUGAAACUUCAGGUGGUGUCAUCAUGGUGUUGGCCUGGAUCCUCUUUGUUCUCACUCUGUCCUACGUGAAGGUGAUCAUCGGGGUGAUCCUGCGUGACGAGGGCCACAGCGCUCUCGUGUGGUGUGGAGCUGUAGUGCAGUUGGGCUCUCUGCUGGGAGCUGUGACCAUGUUCCCAGUGAUCAGUGUGUACAGCUAUUUUUCCUCAGGGGACCCAUGCAACACAAACUGUCCCUGAAUAAAAACAUCACGCAGAAGAGACUGGAGGAAGCAAAGGCGCAAAAGGUUUCAAAUCUUUUUUUACAUAGAUAUUCAAUAGAGAAGUUAAU